AUGGAUCUCGUGUACCUGCUGACGUUCCUCACGUUAUGCUUGACACUCACAGCGCUGCAAGUGGACAAGUCGUCUGCAGCGUUGUCAAUCCAAAAGCUCAUCAUUCGUAAAGAACAACGAAAUGUUGUUGAUGAAUCUGGUGCUGAUGAUCAAAUAAAGACACAACGGUUAGGUUUUUGCUCGUUUCAACGCACGUACCUAAGUGUGUACUUCCUUGCUGUAGCAGCGGACUGGCUGCAGGGGCCCAUGGUGUAUGCGCUCUAUGAUGCCUACGGGUUUUCAAAGCACGAAAUUGCAGCCCUAUUCAUCGCUGGUUUCGGUUCAAGUAUGGUUCUAGGUACGUAUGCUGGAGCACUGGCUGACAACUUUGGGAGAAAGCGUCUCGCCUUGGUGUACUGUGCGUUUUACACAGUCUCCUGUCUGACGAAGCAUUUUCCUCACUUUGGUGUGCUGCUCGUCGGUCGUUUACUCGGUGGCAUGGCGACGUCGCUGCUUUUCUCUGUGUUUGAGGCAUGGUACGUGAAUGAGCACGAAUCACGAGGCUUUCCGGCGGAAUGGUUGAGCGAGUCGUUUUCGCGAGCAUCUUUUGGUAAUGGUCUCGUGGCCAUCUUAUGUGGACAGCUUGCGGGGUUGGUGGCGGGACCAUUUGGCUUUGUGGCGCCCUUUGACGUGGCCAUUGGCGUCCUGGUGCUUGUUGCUGUCCUGAUCCAUCACAACUGGACCGAAAACUACGGCAUGCGGGGUGAGCACGUCAGCCGAGGACUCCAGCGAGCGCUGAGGCACACACUCCGCGACUCGAAAAUGCGCUGGCUGGGGAUUCUCCAAUCCUGUUUUGAAGCAGCAAUGUAUAUUUUCGUGUUUUUAUGGACGCCGGCGCUACAGGGCGCUCAAGAGAAUCCCACGAAUCCCAUUCCGCAUGGGAUGAUCUUUUCGACGUUCAUGGUUGCGCUGAUGCUUGGUAGCGUUCUCUUCGAUCGCAUCCUUCGGCGCAUCACACGCGAAGAAAAGGACGCAUCCGCCGUGAAAACCAUGAACAACGCGGUGCUUUGGCUUAUGCAAAUCCUUGUGGCGAUCAGUAUAUGCAGUUUUGUGGUUGCCGCAGUCGGCGAUCGCCUCCACUGGAGCGCAGCUUAUCUUGCCAUGAUCGGCUUCGAAGUCACGUGUGGCCUCUAUUUUCCAGCCAUGGGGUGCCUGCGAGGUAUCCUCAUCCCUGAGGAAUGUCGAGCCGCAGUUAUGAAUCUGUUUCGGGUGCCGAUGAAUUUGCUGGUGGUUCUUAUUCUCGCUUAUGUGGAUCGAUUUACGAACCGCUCCGUUUUCUUCGCGGCGGCAGGGCUGAACGCGAUUGCCCUUCUCGCGCUAGUCCGUCUGAAGGCUGCGAAACCGGAGCCAGACACGACUGGGGAAGCUCACGCAUGA